AUGAAAGAAAGAAAAACAGAAGAAGGGCAGACUGAGAGGCAGACUGAGAGGCAGACUGAGAGGCAUACUGAGAGGCGGACUGAGAGGCGGACUGAGAGGCGGACUGAGAGGCAGACUGAGAGGCGGACUGAGAGGCAGACUGAGAAGCAGACUGAGACAGAGAAUCCUCGUGUGACUUCCAUGCCAAAGACAGCCAGAGGCUUUAAACUGUAGUCACAUUGGAUUUGAACUUGGCCCAUGCUAGUAGCCGCCAGCCAGGCCAGAACAGGACAAGACAGUGUAGUUGAGAUGGUAAUCACUGCAUCUCCCUGAGGUAUAGUACUCUCUGGUUACUUUGGGAUCUUUCCCAGUGACCAGAUAAUGUUUAGAAUCAGGGUGAAUAAUCAGAUCUUUAGUGGGAUUAUUCUGACAGGUUGUGAUUGGUUACAUUAAUCUGUGCAGAGACAGAGAUCAUCAGAUAGAUGUGUGUCAGAUAGUUGCCCUGUAACAGCCUUGUGAGCGUUAUGGGCAUAUUUAUGUUAUCAGAUUUCUGUCUGUGUUGGUUUUUUAGCUGGUUUAUCAGUCAGCAGUGUGUGGCUGCCUGGGCGUGUGAGAGUGUUGAGUGACAGGAGCGGAUCAUUAUAAAAUAAAUCAACUGAUUUUAUAUGUCAGGUAAGGCUGAUAGACAGAUAAUGUGAGUGGUAGAAUCACAGUCACUCACCUGCUGCUAUUGCCUAUGACUGAUUGGACCUUGUCUUUAUGGUCCUGCUAUGGUCUAGUUCCAUAUUAUUGGACUUAGGUUCUGGUCAUACCUGGUCUGGUUUCUAUGGAUACUUAGGUGUGUUGUUCCCUAGGAGACCCCAGGAUGUGAGGUGGUCCCAGGAGAAGAAUCAUCAUGGAAAUGAAGUGGAAACUGACCAGUGCACUCAGACGCCGCUCAGUGCCAACAGUGUGGGGAUAGAACAGACAGGUGAGACUACUCAUACCCCUUAGAGACACAGGGGACUAGUGCUGAGCGAUUAUCAGUUCAAUUACUUGAAUUCCAUUUAGUUCUGUGUUUUUGUGAGCCCAACGCGCCGUUUCUCUAGAGAGAAAUCAAAUCAUUCACGAGAGAAAUUGGAGAAAUCAAUUCAAGAACUAUGUGGGCUGAAGGGAGUUGUAGUUUUCAUUAAGUAAACUCAACCUAGGUCGGCGCAGAAACUUGGUAAUUAAAUACAAUGACCAUAAUCCAUUGCGCCAGUUUUUUCUGUCUCAGAGACAGAUCAGAGAGGAAGAGGCGAAGCGAGAGGUUUCACUCUCGCCAAAAUCUGUCCAAAAUAAGCCCAAUGUGUUUCUAUGGGCUUAUUUUGGACUUAAGCUUGUCGACUGCCUUCACGCCUUUGGAACAACGACUCCCAUUGUUAGGGAAUAGACAUGAGCAUCUCGUCAUUGUAUAUAGAUCUCUGGACGGAUACACUUUUACGCCUGCUACAUUAGGUUAGAUACACAUAGACCGCAUAGACUGCAUGAGAAAGGAAUGUACACAACACAAGGACAAGAGGCACAGAGACAGUUUGUGAAAGUAUACCUUAUCUACUUUGAAGAACUAGUAAAAUGAUUUAGUCAGACAGCUCUGCAGCAUACUCAGACAGGCUAGCUAAAUAGGAUGACUAAAGAUUGUACAGUAUGGGGAGCACAUAACGUUAGAUGGCCUGGCUGCCUGACUGCUACUGAUGAGAUGACUUUAAGGAAUGAAAAAUAAUAGUAAUUAAAUAAAAACUAAGUAAUAUACACAACUGAAAUAUUUUUUAUUUCAUAGUAAUUUCCUAUUUCUCUAUUGAUGUCUACCCAAUGUGGACCUGACAGAGCCAAUGGAAUAAUUGAAGUUUUGGCAAUUAAAUGUUCACUAUUUUUGACUUUGUAACGUCAUUAUUUCAUAAUAGGUUUCAUGUUUUUUUUUUUAUAAUCGAAAUCGAAACAGUGAUUCUUUUUUAAUAAUCGAAAAGAACCGACCUCAAAAAGCACUACACGCUCAGCACUACAGGGGACACAACUGAGAGAACUUACAGCACUGUGCAGUGAUAUACCUGUCUGCUGCAGAUCCACAUGGACUGUUAUAUUAGGACCUAUUACCUAUUACAGGCGUAGCUAUAAACUCUAAAAACUCUAAUAUCAUAUGUAAUGUUUGUGACCAGAGCUAACUUUGAGGACCAGGGAGGAGAGUCACUGCCAACCUGCAGUUCUGACCAGGAACCCCAACCAGACCUGUUUUACAUCCUCCCUCUCCUUCAGACUCUCCUCUCCACACAGCAAGAAACACGACCUGGAAAAACUACACAGGUGAGGCAGAGCAUUUUUAGAGAUUAUACAGUGAUGCAUUUUUUUUUAAUGGCCUUUCUCUUAAAGACACUCUAUCCUUCUAUCAGCAUCUAUGUACAGUACCAGUCAAAAGUUUGGACACACCUACUCAUUCAAGGGUUUUUCUUUAUUUUUACUGUUUUCUACAUUGUAGAAUAAUAGUGAAGACAUCAAAACUAUGAAAUAACACAUAUGGAAGAAAUGUUAAACAAAUUAAAAUAUAUUUUAGAUUCUUCAAAGUAGCCACCCUUUGCCUUGAUGACAGCUUUGCACACUCUUGGCAUUCUCUCAACCAGCUUCACCUGGAAUGCUUUUCCAACAGUCUUGAAGGAGUUCCCACAUAUGCUGAGCACUUGUUGGCUGCUUAUCCUUAGCUCUGCGGUCUGACUCAUCCCAAACCAUCUCAAUUGGGUUAAGGUUGGGUGAUUGUGGAGGCCAGGUCAUCUGAUGCAGCACUCCAUCACUGUUAUUCUUAGUCAAAUAGCCCUUACACAGCCUGGAGGGGUGUUGGGUCAUUGUCCUGUUGAAAAACAAAUUAUAGUCCCACUAAGCGCAAACCAGAUGUGAUAGCGUAUCGAUGCAGAAUGCUGUGGUAUCCAUGCUGGUUAAGUGUGCCUUGAAUUUUAAAUAAAUCACAGACAGUGUCACCAGCAAAGCACCCCCACACCAUAACACCUCCUCCAUGCUUUACGGUGGGAAAUACACAUGCAGUGAUCAAAGGACACAUUUCCACCUGUCUAAUGUCCAUUGCUCGUGUUUCUUGGCCCAAGCAAGUCUCUUCUUAUUAUUGGUAUCCUUUAGUAGUGGUUUCUUUGCAGCAAUUCGACCAUGAAGGCCUGAUUCACACAGUCUCCUCUGAACAGUUGAUGUUGAGAUAUGUCUGUUCCUGGAACUCUGUGAAGCAUUUAUUUGGGCUGCAAUUUCUGAGGCUGGUAACUCUAAUGAACUUAUCCACUGCAGCAGAGGUAACUCUGGGUCUUCCAGUCCUGUGGCGGUCCUCAUGAGAGCCAGUUUCAUCAUAGCGCUUGAUAUUUUUUGCGACUGCACUUGAAGAAACUUUCAAAGUUCUUGAAAUGUUCCGUAUUGACUGACCUUCAUGUCUUAAAGUAAUGAUGGACUGUUGUUUCUCUUUGCUGAUUUGCCAUAAUAUGGGACUUGGUCUUUUACCAAAUAGGGCUAUAUUCUCUAUACCCCCUCUACCUUGUCACAACACAACUGAUUGGCUCAAACGCAUUAAGAAGGAAAUACAUUCCACAAAUUCACUUUUAAGAAGGCUCACCUGUUAAUUGAAAUGCAUUCCAGGUGACUACCUAAUGAAGCUGGUUGAGAGAAUGCCAAGAGUGUGCAAAGCUGUCAUCAAGGCAAAGGGUGGCUCCUUUGAAGAAUCUCAAAUAUAACACUUUUGUGGUUACUACAUGAUUCCAUAUGUAUUAUUUCAUAGUUUUGAUGUCUUCACUAUUAUUCUACAAUGUAGAAAAUAGUAAAAAUAAAGAAAAACCCUUGAAUGAGUGGGUGUGUCCAAACAUUGGACUGGUACUGUAUGUGUACAGAUAGAUUAACAAUAACACGGCUCCAUAAAUCAAUGAUAUUAAUGUAAACAGGUUUAACCAAGGUUAAUUAGUUCCUUGGCCUGCUGUACUGAGGAAAUACUUCAGAUUGAUUUCUUAGAUAUACUGUGUGUGUGUGUGUGUGUGUGUGUGUGUGUGUGUGUGUGUGUGUGUGUGUGUGUGUGUGUGUGUGUGUGUGUGUGUGUGUGUGUGUGUGUACACAUACAUGCGGGCAUGAUUCCGCGCGCGCUUGUGUAAUAUGUGUCAGAGAUUAAUGCAACUCUUAUCAGUAGGAGUCAUUUAUCAAACACUGUCCCUUAGUAACAGACAACCUUUAACCUGGCUAUCUCGUCACCUAUCCAUGUCAGCCCUUUAGACUGAGGCUACACACCUCUCAGCAUCACAUUAUAUAGUAGCACUGUGGCCCUGUGUGUGUGUGAUUUAAGGCAUUCAGUUAUUAGUUCCUCUGUUCCACUAUUGCUAACACAACCGUGCUGAAGAUGUCUAUAUGGUGUCUGCUAAAACAGGACUAGUAAAGGCCCUUGGCACUACUUUUAUGAUUUUUGUUUUUUUAACUAAAUGUAUUUGUAUUUGAGUGUUUACCAGCAUUUGUAACUUGAGUCUGAUAAUUAUCUGUACCAAACAGUUAAUCUGAUAAUACUUGUGGAAUAUAAAAACACUUGUUAUGUCUCCCAGUUUCUUGAAAUACUUUGCAAAUGCAACUUAUUUCUAUGUGAAAACUGAAAUGGUCUAUUCAUUCCUUUUACAUUUUAGUAGCUGCUCUUAUCCAGACCAACUUACAGUAGUGAGGGCAUACAUUUUCAUACUUUUUUGUACUGGUCCCCCGUGGGAAUCAAACCCACAACCCUAGCGUUGCAAGCGCCAAGCUCUACCAACUCAGCCACAUCAUCACAAACCACUUGAUGUCUCAAUGUACUCAAUUACUGUGUUGUGCAUUGUUUUUCUUCAUGGUGAUGGAAAGUACAAUACAGUAAUGUAAUUAAUACUGCACAAAAAGUGGUUGUUUUCCAUGUUAUUUGAUCAAUAAAAAUAUUUAAUUUAAUGUAUUUAAUGUUUUGUGUCUUUUCCCAUAACUUUGCACCUUUUGAUGUAAAUGUUUGAGGACAUGGUUUUGUUCUUUCUGGAUCCCAUUAGAAUGACAAUAGCAGAGAGAGGGACAAUUCCAACAAUUGAAUCUUGCAAAAUACUGUUCUUAAUUAUACAACUACCUUUUUUUGCCAAAGCGGAGACGCUUAAAUUUUUUUGUCUGUGCUACAGACAGCUACAUACAUCCAUAUCAGUUUGCUAAUACCUCCUGAGUGGCGCAGUGAUCUAAGGCAAUGCAUCGCAGUGCUAGCUGUGCCACUAGAAAUCCUGUUUCAAAUCCAGGCUCUGUCGUAGCCGGCCGCGACCGGGAGACCCAUGGGGCGGCGCACAAUUGGUCCAGGGUAGGGGAUGGAAUGGCCGGCAGGGAUGUAGAGCAUGGCGUUUGCAACGCCAGGGUUGUGGGUUCGAUUCUCACAGGGGGCCAGUAUGAAAAAUAAAAUUAAAAAUAAUGUAUGCACUCACUAACUGUAAGUCGCUCUGGAUAAGAGCUUCUGCUAAAUGACUAAAAUGAAAUGAAUGAAAUGUAAAAUGUCUAAUACUAGUAAAGGCCCAGUGCACUACCUUUGUGAAAAAAUAUUUUCUCCAAAAAUAUUUUAUUUUUUAAUAUUUUUUAUUCUGAUAUUUGAGGGGGUGCUGCAUCACCCUCAGCACCCCUACUUUCCGCGGCUAUGAGCCCAGGUAAACAUAAAUCAUGAAAGAAACAGUGAGAAAGGGAGAGAUUGAGGAAAGACGAGGAGGGAGAGAAUGAGUAAUGGAGGUAAAGAGAGAAGAUGGAAUGUAGUUGAUCCUGUGGAUCGGGGUGAAUGUGUAACGUGUGACGCCUGUAAUCUUUACAAAAACAUUAACACCCAGGAGGUGUGUCUGUGCAUGCUUGUGUGUCUUACCUAUGUUAGUGCAUUCGGAAAGUAUACAGACCCCUUGACUUUUUCCACAUUUUGUUACGUUACAGCCUUAUUCUCUGCAGAUCCUCUCAAGCUCUGUCAGGUUGGAUGGGGAGCGUCGCUGCACAGCUAUUUUCAGGUCUCUCCGGAGAUCAAAUCAAAUUUUAUUUGUCACAUGCGCCGAAUACAACAGGUGGGUAGACGUUACCAUGAAAUGCUGACUUACAAGCCCUUAACCAACAAUGCAUUUCACAAAAUAGUUAACAAAAUAUUUACUAAAUAAACUAAAGUAAAAAAUUAAAUAAAAAGUAACACAAAAUAACAAUACCGAGGCUAUAUACAGGGGGUACCGGUACCGAGUCAAUGUGCAGGGGUACAGGUUAGUUGAAGUAGUUUGUACAUGUAGGUAGGGGUAAAGUGACUAUGCAUAGAUAAUAAACAGCAAGUAGCAGCAGUGUAAAAUCAAAGGGGGAAGGUGUCAAUGUAAAUAGUCCGGGUGGCCAUUUGAUUAAUUGUUCAGCAGUCUUAUGGCUUGGGGGUAGAAGCUGUUAAGGAGCCUUUUGGACAUAGACUUGGUGCUCUGUUACCGCUUGCCGUGCGGUAGCAGAGAGAACAGUCUGACUUGGAUGACUGGAGUCUUUGACAAUUUUUUGGGCCUUCCUCUGACACCACCUAGUAUAUAGGUCCUGGAUGGCAGGAAGCUUGGCCCCAGUGAUGUACUGGGCUGUACGCACCACCCUCUGUAGCGCCUUACGGUCGGAUGCCGAGCAGUUGCCAUACCAGGCGGUGAUGCAACCGGUCAGGAUGCUCUUGGUGGUGCAGCUGUAGAACUUUUUGAGGAACUGGGGACCCAUUCCAAAUAUUUUCGGUCUCCUGAGGGGGGAAAAGGUGUUCUCGUGCCCUCUUCACGACUGUCUUGGUGUGUUUGGACCAUAAUAGUUUGUUGGUUAUGUGGACACCAACGAACUUGAAACUCUCGACCCGCUCCACUACAGCCCGUCGAUGUGAAUGGGGGCAUGUUCGGCCCUCCUUUUCCUGUAUCAGCUCCUUUGUCUUGCUCACGUUGAGGGAGAGGUUGUUGUCCUGGCACCAUACUGCCAGGUCUCUGACGACCUCCCUAUAGGCUGUCUCAUCGUUGUUGGUGAUCAGGCCUACCACUGUUGUAUCGUCAGCAAACGUAAUGAUGGUGUUGGAGUCGUGCUUGGCCACGCAGUCGUGGGUGAACAGGGGGUACAGGAGGGAACUAAGCACGCACCCCUGAGGGGCCCCCGUGUUGGGGAUCAGCGUGGCAGAUGUGUUGUUGCCUACCCUUACCACCUGGGGGCGGCCCGUCAGGAAGUACAGGAUCCAAUUGCAGAGGGAGGUGUUUAGUCCCAGGGUUCUUAGCUUAGUGAUGAGCUUUGAGGGCACUAUGGUGUUGAACGCUGAGCUGUAGUCAAUUAACAGCAUUCUCACAUAGGUGUUCCUUUUAUCCAGGUGGGAAAGGGCAGUGUGGCGUGCGAUUGAGAUUGCAUCAUCUGUGGAUCUGUUGGGGCGGUAUGCGAAUUGGAGUGGGUCUAGGGCUACCGACGUUAGUGCUACGGGGCGGAAGUCAUUUAGGCAGGGUACCUUCGCUUUCUUGGGCACAGGGACUAUGGUGGUCUGCUUGAAACAUGUAGGUAUUACAGACUCGGUCAGGGAGAUGUUGAACAUUUCAGUGAAGACAUUUGCCAGUUGGUCCACGCAUGCUCUGAGCACACGUCCUGGUAAUCCGUCUGGCCCCGCGGCCUUGUGAAUGUUGACCUGUUUAAAGGUCUUGCUCACAUCGGCUACGGAGAGCGUGAUCACACAGUCGUCCGGAACAGCUGGUGCUCUCAUGCAUGCUUCAGUGCUUGCCUCAAAGCGAGUAUAAAAGGCAUUUAGCUCGUCUGGUAGGCUCGCGUCACUGGGCAGCUCGCGGCUGGGUUUCACUUUGUAGUCCGUAAUAGUUUGCAAGCCCUGCCACGUCCGACGAGUGUCAGAGCUAGUGUAGUAGGAUUCAAUCUUAUUCCUGUAUUGAUGCUUUGCCUGUUUGAUGGUUCGUCUGAGGGCAUAGCGGGAUUUCUUAUAAGUGUCCUGAUUAGUGUCCCGCUCCUUGAAAGCGGCAGCUCUAGCCUUUUAGCUCGGUGCGGAUGUUGCCUGUAAUCCAUGGCUUCUGGUUGGGAUAUGCACAUAUUGAUGAAGCCGGUGACUGAGGUGGUCACUGGUACUUCCAGCUUUAGUUUUUGCUUGUAAGCAGGAAUCAGGAGGAUAAAAUGAUGGUCAGAUUUGACAAAUGGAGGGCGAGGGAGAGCUUUGUAUGCAUCUCUGUGUGUGGAGUAAAGGUGGUCAAGAGUUUUUUUUCCUCUGGUUGCACGUGUGACAUGCUGGUAAAAAUGAGGUAAAACAGAUUUAAAUUUGCCUGUAUUAAGGUCUCCGGCCACUAGGAGCGACGCUUCUGGAUGAGCAUUUUCUUGUUUGCUUAUGGCCUUAUGCAGCUCGUUGAGUGCGGUCUUAGUGCCAGCAUCAGUUUGUGGUGGUAAUAGAGAUAAACUCUCUUGGUAGAUAGUGUGGUCUACAGUUUAUCAUGAGGUACUCUACCUCAGGCAUUAGAUCGGGUUCAAGUCCGGGCUCUGGCUGGGCCACUCAAGGACAUUCAGAGACUUGUCCCGAAGCCACUCCUGCGUUGUAUUGGCUGUGUGCUUAGGGUCGUUGCCCUGUUGGAAGGUGAACCAUCGCCCAGUCUGAGGUCCUGAGCGCUCUGGAGCAGGUUUUCAUCAAGGAUCUCCCUGUACUUUGCUCCGUUCAUCUUUCCCUCAAACCUGACUAGUCUCCCACAGCAUGAUGCUGUCACCACCAUGCUUCACCGUAGGGAUGGUGCCAGGUUUCCUCCAGACGUGAUGCUUGGCAUUCAGGUCAAAGAGUUAAAUAUUGGUUUCAUCAGACUAGAGAAUCUUGUUUCUCAUGGUCUGAGUCCUUUAGGUGCCUUUUGGAAAACUCCAAGCGGGCUGUCAUGUGCCUUUUACUGAGGAGUGGCUUCCGUCUGGCCACCAUAAAGGCCUGAUUGGUGGAGUGCUGCAUAGAUGUUUACCCUUCUGGAAGGUUCUCCCAUCUCCACAGAGGAACUCUGAAGCUCUGUCAGAGUGACCAUCGGGUUCUUGGUCACCCCCCUGACCAAGGCCCUUUUCCCCCUGAUUGCUCAGUUUGGCUGGGCGGUCAGCUCUAGGAUGAGUCUUGGUGGUUCCAAACGUCUUCCAUUUAAGAAUGAUGGAGGCCACUGUGUUCCUUGGGGACUUUCAAUGCUGCAGACAUUUUUUGGUACCCUUCCCCAGAUCUGUGCCUCGACACAAUCCUGUCUCGGAGUUCUACGGACAAAUCCUUCGACCUCAUGGCUUGGUUUUUGCUCUGACAUGCACUGUCAACUAUGGGACCUUAUAUAGACAGGUGUGUGCCUUUCCAAAUCAUGUCCAAUCAAUUGAAUUUACCACAGGUGGACUCCAAUCAAGUUGUAGAAACAUCUCAAGGAUGAUCAAUGGAAACAGGAUGCACCUGAGCUCAAUUUUGAGUGUCAUAGCAAAGGGUCUGAAUACAUAUGUAAAUAAGGUAUCUGUUUUUUAGUUGUAAUACAUUUGCUAACAUUUCUAAAAAACAGUUUUUGCUUUGUCAUUAUGGGGUAUUUAUUGUGUGUAGAUUGAGGAAACAAUCUAAUUCAAUCUAUUUUAGAAUAAGGCUGUAAUGUAACAAAAUGUGGAAAAAGUCAAGGGGUUUGAAUACUUUCCGAAUGCACUGUAUAACCAUUAACGGUCUUUCUAAUGAUGUGUUAUGUUUUUCUCUACAUUUCCCUGCUGCGCCAGUUCUCAGGGAGCUGUAAGGAACACACCAAUAGCUCAUGCACAGGUAAACAAGCAUGACCAUUUAGUGACAACACAACAGUCAUGUUAUUAAUAGUCAUUACAGUUAAUGUCACCAGUUUGUGUCAUUACAGUGUUGCCAUUAGCCAACAUCAACUGUCAUGACUGCUAAUGGCAUCUGCUAUAUUAAGUCAUUAUAACAACAGCGCCAUGGAGGCCAUAUUAUAAACGGUUCAAUUAAACUGUUGACACAUAAUCAAUGUCAGUUUGAACAUUGUGUAAUCUGAAAACAACCAACAUGAAUGCCAGUUUGGAGAGGAGAAAAGUUGUGUUUCUGUGUAAAUCUCAUGUACUUGGAAAUAACCUGUUGGUCCAGUCUAAUUAUCUUAACAUUUCCAUGGGAACAUGACUCCUGCAACGCUCCAGUUUCAAUAAGUACAUUAUUUGGAUUUCAAAGUCAGAUUAAAGGCGUUGUCAAACACAAAUGCUCUACCACUCAGCCUGCAUAGCUUUGGGAGGCGUGGAGUGACAUGCCAGAGUAUUGACAUAAGAAAACCAUUACAUGCUGCAGUUUGAUCUAGGGCCAUAGACUUGACAUGUUUGACGUUGCAUAACUAAAAGCAAAACAGUUCAAUGAUAGAUUCUCUUUUUCAUGGAAAACCUUUGGCUGUGAGGUUAAUGCUUAACAGAUCCCUAAUUGUUGAAAUCAAUAUAAUCUGAUUGGAACUUUGAACUUUCUCGAUAGGUAAAAGGAAAAGUCUCAGCAUCGGAUUAUUUUAUUCCAGCCAAUCGCCCUUCAGAGGAAGAGGAAGUGACAUCGCUUCCUUUUAAAGAGGAAGAGGAUUCCGAGACAGCCAUGUUGUCCUCCACGCUGGUGUCGGUUCUCGCCCCACAGUGGAGUGGCCGACUACGCAGGAACAAGCGGGGUGUGGCCGGUACAGACAUUGGUGUGGUUGGCACGGCAACCAGUGAGUCUGGACAGGAAACCCAAGGUAGCGGACAGGAAGUGAGGGAGGGGAUAAUGCUUUUGAAGCCGCAAGUCCCUCUCGAGACAGACUCUGUAGGACAACGGCAACAACAACAGUUUCUGGAGACCCAGAACCAACGUGUUGGGGAGAGGGGGUUGACCCUUGGAUCACAAGCCCAUGAGAAGGCUUCAACACUGGGUAGCAGCAGAAGCACAAUGGGGGGCUGGUAUGAGGGAAGCACUCCCAGCCUCAAACUGGACAACCCAACAAAGUCCCCAGUUUCUAAGCCUGUCUCUCUGGAUGUGAGUUGGGGGAGGCUGGUCAACAGAGGGGAAAAGGGGGGAGCUGUCUCCCCUGUUACUCCCAGCUCUCCCCUCUCUCCCGACCUGCAUGUACACAAGGGAAUGUUACAGGCCGGUCGUCAAGGAGACCAGACAUCAUUGCUGAAUUCCAAACCAACAACCAGUAGCCUUCUUUUCUCUCUGAGGAGGCUCAACACUAUUGCUAGCUCUACCCACUCAGAGACCAAUAUCUCCUCUCCAACCAAUAACAGGCCCCUCCCCUUACCAACUUCCAAUCACAGAGAAGCAAAUACACACAGGACACACCUAUUUUCAACCUUGCCCAAUUACAAAGACACAGAGGGCACACCCUUUACCAAACUACCCCAGACUUCCAGGGCAUAUCCAAACCCAACCUUCCCCAGCAAGCAGGCUCUUCUGUUUAGUGGUCUAGAGAGACUUUCCCCCUCAGAGAGACCAGAUGGAACCACGGUUCCCAUCAAUGAUACUCAUCUUCCUUCCUCUCCACCGUCCCAAUAUGACCACCUGGAUUUUCAAAGGAGCCAGUCUCUUCCCAGAGGAACCACCCUGAGAUCUACUAGCUGGAGAAAUCACAUUACUCUGGAGGACAGUGUGUCUAAUCCCAGUUCCCCCCUCAGUCCCACUACCACCACCACCACUAUCAACAACAACAACAACACAUCCAGCCUCUCAAGCACUUCCAGCAAUAAUAUCACAGGCCCCUCUAGCACCAAUGAUAACACUGGUGUCAAUCUCCAAAGCAGCAUCAAUAACAACAAUAACUUAGUCACCCCCAACAAUACCAACCUAAACAUCAAUACUGUCACUGGCAAACACUCAACUCCGAGCACCCUUAUAAGGACUUAUGCUCAAGAUAUCCCAGACCAGGAUUCCUAUAGAAUACUCAAAACUCAGGAUUCCCUUAACUCGAAUGACCGACAAUCACAAAAGCCCUAUUUUGUCCAAUAUCUCCUUCAGCUCUAACAUCAGUAGCCCAGCUAGCUCGAGCACUUUGAGUAGCCCAAUAAAGUCCAGCAAGCCUGAUCGCUACAGUAGACCAUCAAGUUAUGACACCAUCUACACCCCUCUGACCGUAUUUAGCCCCAACUCCCCCAAGACUCCAACCCGCACUGAAACCAGCGACACUCUAUCCUCCCUCAGUAGUCAUAGAAUCCUUUAUAAGUCCCAUUCCCCAAACCCCUCUUCCAGACAGCUCUCUGCACAAACCAGUAACGCCCCCACAUCCCUCAGUAGCCACAGACCCCUCUAUAGUUCCUGCUCAUUCAAUACCACCAGCUCUAUGAGCCAAGACCCACAAAACACCCCAAAAUCUCCACCCCCGGUCGUCAGAAGCCAGAUUCCCAUAUUGAGUAACACCCACACCCCCACAUCCCAACUGCAGGCACCUAAAACUGCUUACACCCCUACCACAACCCCCCAAGCACUCAUACUUAAAACCGCCUACGUCCCCAGUAUCCCGACCCCCACCCGCUACACCCGACCGUUGUCCCCAGCCAGCUACACCCCCAUAUCUCUGAGUAUCACCACCACCCAGGCCCCCUCCACCCUUCCCCUCUCCCCACCCAGCUCAUCCCCUCUGGUGGAGAGGACAUUCAAGGGCAGCCUGGACCUCUCCCCUAACAAACACCAGCCCCCAGUGGAAGGGAGGGUAACAGCACAUAGAGCGUGGCAGGAGUCUCUGGAGCCACAACGCUCUGAGGAAAGCAGUAGGAGGCUGUCACAGUCUCAUUCACCUCAGAGCCCUCUGUCCCCAACCAGACCCCUCCGUAGUGUAGGGGGUCCCGCCAUCUUCUCCUCCCUGAGAUCGGGCAGCCCAACCUGGGCUACAUCACCUUUGUCUCCCCCAACUCCCAGGACCACCAAACUACAACUUUGGAGGGGAACCUCGAUGCACAACUUAUCCAUAAUAUCUGAUACGUUAGUGAAGGAGGGAGGGCAAGCUCUCUCAGAGCGUGUUAGCGACCACACUUCACAGUUCACAUUCAACCACACAGGAACCGACUCGACCGCACUAGGACCACAGAGGAAGACCGCUGCUCCUCUCUCCCUUCCCAAUUUUGAGAGCUUUUACAAACCAAGAAUUAGCUCCCCACCCUACUCCACACUCAAGUCUUCAAGCCCAACACUGGGUGAGGUCACACACACAACCUCACCCCAACCCCUUCUCUCACCCCCUACCUCACCCCAACACUACCCCUUCUACAGCCAUCACAGGGCUAGGUCACAGAACAGUUCAAAGAUUGUUGCCUUAGAAAUGGAUUGUGUCAACAACAACUCCAAACAGACCAGUCAAGAAAAUGUUGAGACACUUGUGUACAGGAUUUCUAAAGUUGAUUCCUCUGCCAUAUUGGACAGUAUUAGGCCUGCACAGCCCUGUUUUCCUCGACACACCCCAGACACACGAGUCGUCACAGAGAUAAAGUCCAAUGAACACUCCCGUCUCCCCUCACAACACAGCCAGGUGAUUGGAAGUCCCAGCUGUCAAUCAUACCAAAGCUCCAAUGACAGUGGAGCAUUAGACACUGAGAAGGUUGUGUGUAAAAGAGAGAGAUUCCCUAAGAGUGCAGUGGCUCCAUUACAAACCCAGAGCCCAAAGAAAGGCUUAUUCUCACUGAGGAGUAAGAGAGACAAUGUUGUUGGUACACCUGCUGCCAAUCUCCCUAGAAACCCAGAGAUACCUCAGACUGAGAAACCAAAGAAAGAAUCAGAGAAGUCGCAGAAGGAAAGUAGCAAAAUGGACCUGGUGCUGAGUCGACUCCGGCAGACCUUCAGAGUCAAAUGUCUCGAUGAAGAGAGGAGGAAGAGAACACCCCAGCCUCUUUCUGUCAGAGGAGCCAGUGACAGUGAUGUCACUGAGAGUAGUGGUUCUAGCGAUCGAGCAGAGGAGGAGAGAAAGGAGAAAUGGAGGGAGAAUGAUGAGGUUCUCAAACCUUCAAACUCUUUCUGGGCUGGCAGUGAGCACACAUCAGAUAUGACUAAGGAAAAUGAACACUCACAGUUUGAGGGUUUUAAAGACAAUGAAGAGGCUAGAAACAGAGACCAGCCUCGUGUUAUGGACCUUCCUCAAUUUGAGGCUUACAAGGACGAAAGCGUCACUAAACCCAAAAACCAACCUUCUAGUAGAGAGAUCAGCCCAACGAGGCGGCAGUUUGACGCUUACAAAGAGGAGAGUAUCAGUAGAGCCAGAAAGCAACCUCCUCAGAGAGCCUUCAGCUCCGUUAGGUGUCAACCCUGGGACCAAAGCCGCUCUGCAACCCUCCCUGCCUACAGAACCUCCUCAGGCAGCCCCAGAAACACUUUCUCUGUCUUCCACUUCAGCCACAAGGACUCUGAGAACGACAACGUGUUCCACAUUCCCAGGUUUCCUCAGAGGAAGAAGACCACCUCUCUCUGUGAGCCAGGGGACAGAGGGUUCGGUUCCGGGGUGGGUCAGCAUGGCAGUGAGGGACGUCUGGCAUCCUUCUCCUCCUGUGCUGAUCUCAAAUACGGUCUGGAGGCUGUGCGUUCCUUCUCUGUGACUUCUGUGCUCUCCAGCCGACCCUCGGGUCCUGGCCGCAUCUCCACAGGCCCUAGGGUCAGCAGUGUCAGUGACCUCACUUACCCCGCUCUGACCUUUGGAGAAGAGGUCAUGACUUGGGAUGACUUUAGGGUCAAAGGUGAUUGGACAAUACCAAUGUGGGACACACACACAACCACUGGCCACAAAACCACAGGUGACAACCAAGCUGUAGAUGAGUGGUCCGUCAUUAGUGACAGGACAUCCAAAAAUGAGCGCAAAACAAUCAAAGCAAAUUUUAUAAAUCCACACAAGGCUAGAUCCAAAUCCUUACCCAGAAAUGUAUCCUGGAGUUCACAGGUCACCGCCCCAUCUCCGACCUCCACCACUGGCCGCAUGUGGAACCCCGACAGCCUGGAGACCUCUCACUUCCUGUGGGAUACAGAGGGUCCUCUAACCCCCCCUCCGUCCCCUCCCUGGUCCCCAGCCUCCAGACGCAUAUCUCGCCCCCCCAGCUCCUCCUCCUCUGCCUCUCCCUCCCCCACAGACAGCAGGGCGUCACAGGACAGCCUGUCCCCUAGGGGGCGCCUACCCUCCAGGGGCUACGUCUCCAACCUGGCAGCCUUCGAGGAGUCCGACUCAGGCUCUGACAUGGACUCUGACACAACCACAGAUGAUGAAUACUACUUGGCAGGUGAUGGCGGUGAGAAGGAGACAGAACUGUGA